CUUUGUACCGGAAAAAAAAGGCAGAGAAGAAGGAAAAAAAAACAGAGAGAGAAUCGAAAAUAUUAUCUGUGUUCGAUUCGAUAGAUUGAAAUCUGAUUCUCUGUAUAUUUCAUCGAAAUCGGAGGGAGGAAAAACAUCCCUCGAAGGGAAUGCAGAGAAAUGAUUGGAGUUUCGUCGGUGAAGAAGUCUGAGCUGUGUGAUCGGUUCAACCGGUCCGUCAGCGGCAGGAAUUGCCACCGUAAACACGUCGAGGACGGGUGAUCCUUGCCAACCCAUCGAUUCGAUCGAUUCGAUUCGACCCUCGAAUACCCAUUUCUUGUUGAUUUCGAUCUGAGCUUUUUUUUUAAUAUCGUGUAAAACUUACCGGAAAAAUGGCGGAAACCGGUUCCGGCGGCGGAGGCGGCGGAGGAGGGAACCUGGGUCUGCUCCAUGGGAAGUACGAGCUGGGUCGGCUUCUAGGGCAUGGAACGUUCGCGAAGGUGUACCAUGCGAGGAACGUUCAGUCGGGAAAGAGCGUGGCGAUGAAGGUUGUCGGGAAGGAGAAGGUGAUGAAGGUGGGGAUGGCGGAGCAGAUCAAGCGAGAGAUCUCUGUCAUGAGGAUGGUGAAACACCCAAACAUCGUGGAGCUCCAUGAGGUCAUGGCCAGCAAAUCCAAGAUCUACUUCGCCAUGGAACUCGUCCGAGGCGGAGAGCUCUUCGCCAAGGUCGCCAAGGGCCGUCUCCGUGAGGACGUGGCGCGCGUGUACUUCAAACAGCUUAUAUCCGCCGUGGAUUUCUGCCACAGUCGCGGUGUUUACCACCGUGACCUCAAGCCGGAGAAUCUCCUCCUCGACGAGGAAGGGAAUCUCAAGGUCACCGACUUCGGUCUCUCGGCGUUUUCCGACCACCUUAAACAGGACGGCCUGCUCCACACCACGUGUGGCACUCCGGCUUACGUUUCGCCAGAGGUCAUCGGAAAGAAGGGCUACGACGGCGCGAAGGCGGACCUCUGGUCGUGUGGCGUCAUCCUCUUCGUUCUCCUCGCCGGGUACCUGCCGUUUCAGGACGACAAUCUUGUCAACAUGUACCGGAAGAUCCACCGGGGAGAUUUCAAGUGUCCGCCAUGGUUUUCCUCCGACGCGAGGAAGCUCGUGACGAAACUCCUGGAUCCGAACCCGAGCACCAGAAUCUCAACGGAGAAGGUGAUGGAAUCUUCCUGGUUCAGAAAACCCAUCCCGAGACCCACCGGAGACAAAAGCGACGAUCUCGGAGGAGGAAACAAAGCCAAAGGAGAGACCGAAACGCUGAACGCAUUUCACAUAAUCGCGCUGUCGGAAGGGUUCGAUCUGUCGCCAUUGUUCGAGGAGAAGAAGAAAGAGGAGAAACAAGAGAUGAGAUUCGCCACGACGCGGCCGGCGAGCAGCGUGAUAUCGCGGCUAGAGGAGGCAGCGAAGUCGGUGAAGUUCGAGGUGAGGAAGAGUGAGAGCAGAGUGAUGAUUCAGGGGAAAGAGAGUGGUCGGAAAGGCAAGCUGGCGGUGGAGGCGGAGAUUUUCGCGGUGGCUCCGACGUUUCUCGUGGUGGAAGUGAAGAAAGACAACGGCGAUACGUUAGAGUACAACCAGUUCUGCAGCACGGCUCUCCGACCAGCUCUCAAGGACAUUGUCUGGACAUCAACACCGGCCUGAAUUCAAUCCGGGACAACCCAGUUUCCGAGAUUUCGUUUCGUUUUCAUGUAAUUCAUAUCGUGUUCUAGAUUCGUAUUCUCAGUCGUUGUUCUUGAUUCUUAAAAGAAAAGUUUCCAUCUUUUUCGAUUCGUAUCCCAUGAUGGUGUGAAAUCAGAAUCAUGGGUUCUCAAAGAUGAUGAUGGUGGUGUUUGUCGUUGUCUAUAGUCUUAUUGUGUGUUUUGUGGGCGGGCAAGUGGAUGUGGCAUGUUUGGUCUGUGGUUGGAAUUGUUGUCACUCAAAGAUUCUCUUAUCGUUCCUUCAGUAAAGAAGGAUGAGAUGAACUCUCUUUGAAAGUUCAUGAGUCACUUUUUCUGA